UUAAGCUAGCCACAAAUAUAGGGAAAUGUAUAAGCAUGUAUCAAGUGGGAAAAUGAGCACAUUUUUUAGCAAGGGAAAGCCCUUUUUUGCUGUGAUUUUCUUACAGUUUGGGCUUGCAGGAAUGGAUGUCAUUUCUAAAGUGGCUCUGAAUGAAGGAAUGAGCAAUUAUGUGUUUGUUGUUUAUCGUCAGGCCGUUGCAUUUAUUGUUAUGGCCCCUUUCGCCAUCGUUCUAGACAAGAAAGUAAGGCCAAAGAUGACACUCUCGAUUUUCGUCAAGCUUUUGCUGCUUGCACUAUUGGAGCCAGUUAUCGACCAGAAUUUCUACUUUCUAGGGAUGAAAGCCACAACAGCAACAUUUGCAGUUUCAAUGUGCAAUGUUCUUCCUGCUAUAACUUUUGUCAUGGCCUGCUUGCUAAGGCUUGAGGUGAUCAACCUAAAGAGCAUCCGCAGUCAAGCCAAAAUAAUAGGGACAAUUACAACAGUCGCAGGAGCGAUGCUUAUGACACUAGUUAAAGGGCCACUUCUAGAGCUAUUUUGGACAAAAGGAAGAACUAACAGUAAUGUCAAAAAUAAUAGGGUAGAUCUUCAUCAUUCAAUUGAGGGAGCUUUUAUGAUCACACUCGCAAUGUUCAGUUGGUCUUGCUUCAUGGUUUUGCAAGCAAUUACACUGAAGUCUUAUCCUGCUGAGCUAUCUUUAACCGCUUGGAUAUGCCUGUUGGGGACAGCUGAGGGAGCAAUAGUGGCACUGGUGAUGGAGAGAGGGAAACCAGCAGUUUGGGCUAUAAAGUGGGACACCACACUUAUAGCGACACUUUACAGUGGUGUAGUAUGUUCGGGUCUAGCUUACUACAUCCAAGGAAUAAUAAUGAAAGAGAGGGGUCCUGUUUUCGUGACUGCAUUCAGUCCACUAAGCAUGAUAAUUGUCGCUAUCAUGGGAUCCAUUAUUCUAGCUGAGCAAACAUACCUAGGAAGGGUUCUUGGAGCUGUUGUCAUAGUUGUAGGGCUUUAUCUUGUUGUGUGGGGUAAAAGCAAAGAUCACAAAGUUUUAUCCCUUCCUAUUGGUGAGCAAAUAGCACCAGAAAAACAAAUAAAGGGUAAAGAAUGUGAAGGAAAUUGUUGUGACGAGGUCAUCAUCAUAAAAGCAUCAGAUGAAGCAUGCGAUACAAAAAAUCAGACGGCCGAUGUAUGUAAGCACUAAAUGUUAAGCUCCAAACACUCCAGCCAAAUAUUAAUCCAAAUUAACCAGAAAUCCUGAUAUGAGAAUCUCCCCCAUCUCUUGUGGAUGGGGCAAUAACAAGUAUGGAACAAGAAGUUCGUAAAGACAGGGACAUGUCUCUCUUGGUUAGGGGUAGGAACGGAUGUACCAGCUAGGAGGUAGUUAACAGAUCGAGACAUUAACCUUAAUGUACGAGACAAUUGGCUUUUCUUACAAAUGGUAUCUUUUUGAACCACUAGAUUUUAGUGUA